ACAAAGAUAACGGGCGACCAUUGGACGUGCGUGUGUGGAACUGAACGGGUUGUUUUAUACAACAAUAGAACAAUAAAAUAUAUUAAAGUGAUAAUUAAUAACAAAUAGUGUCAAAAAUGUGUUUUGUUGUUCGAAGUUUCUGUUGCUACAUUAGUGUAGAAGUGGGGGCUCAAGUGAUUUGUAUAAUUAGUAUGCUAGUAUCAGCUGCGCUGACAGUGCUGUACAGCUCGGCGGCUGUGUUCCUGCAGCUGUCGCAGACCAAGCUGGUGCUGUACUGCGGGAUGGCGCUAGCGGCGGGGCUGCAGGGCCUGAGCGCGGGGCUGCUCGGCUGCGGCGCCUUCCAGCGACGGCCCGCGUUGAUGUGGCCCUGGCUGCUGGUAGUAUGGGCCACGGGCGGGUCGCUACUGGUGGUGUCGGUGGUGGGCACGGCAGCGCUCAUACUGGGCGGGGCUCUCUCUGCUGACGUCAACACCGUUAUCUUCGCUUAUGUUAUCUAUUCCUUAUUCCUGCUGUACUGCGCAGCCGUGGUGAACAGCCGCCGUCGCGAGCUGGUGAAGGAGAGAGAGUACACCAACGCCAACGGAGAGUUGAUGAGACCCGCCAGCGGAUGGAAGUACGCCUAACUAUGCCACCAGGGCUACCCUGCUACCAGCAAGCUGAUUUUUGCCAUGGUGGUCAGAAUAAUGACGUCACAGAUCGCCAAAAUUCGCAUGGAUUAAUAAAGAGCUGGUGGUGUAAUGGUUAAAACACUGCCUGUGGGUCGUCUUAUCCCGAACGAGUCAGAUUUGUUCGAUAUUAUUUUUUUGCGAUACUGUACUUACCUGGCGUUAUUGGUGUUGUCGUGGCGGAUGGAUUGGCCAAUCAGCGAGGGAUGUGAGUUAGACAUUGGAGGCUCGUUUCUUGCAACGCGCCAGUUUGGUGACCUGAAGAUCAGGAAUGUUUAAUGAAUAGAAAGUUUUAUGAGUCUAAAAUAAAGACUUUGAGAUAUGAAGUGAGAAAUUAAGCUAAUAUUAGGUAAGAAUUAUAGAUUUUAGUUACUAUAUCCGUGUCUGCAGUGCAAAAGUAUGACGUAAGAGGUUUUAGUAGGAUAUUCGCUUGCAUAUAAUUUAUGCUAUCGAGUGUCCAAAGUGAUCUUGAUCUCCUAGAGUGGUUAAUUAUUUAAUGGUUUUUAAGUUCAGUGUGUAAAAGUGCAUUUAUAAGGCACGUAAGCGUGCCAUUACAAGACUAUAACGUUUGUCCAGUGUUUUAUUUAUAUGGUAGAAUAAUUAUUUAAUAAUUUAAGUAGAACUAUAAGAAAAUUAUAACAUAACAUAUUAUCACUACGCCUGUUUCCCCGAAGGGGUAAGCCAUUAAGGUAAGGGGUAUUUUUUUAGUAUAUACAUACACCCACUCCUCGAUACGUUUAUUAUAGUCCCAUGUAAUAGAGGGUGAGGAAAUAAUACCGGACAAAUAUUCCUGUCUAAUGAAUUAUUGUAAGAAUUAAAUUACAAUGACGUUUCCCGCCGAAGGAAGAAUUAAGUAGGUACUUAGUAGUAAAGUAGGUACUACCUAUAGAACUAGUGCAAAUGUAGUGAAAAUAAUAACAUACUUAACUUAUGUCACAAUAAACAUUAUUAUACCUUUAUUGUUAAUGUAAAUCUAGUUAUAGAAGAGCGGAGUUUCCUAUCACAAGCAAAUCGUUGCUUAAAUGGAGCCUCCGUGCACCUGAUAAUGUAAAAAUAGCAAAGAUAAAGAAAUAUUUUUUUUAUUGUUUUGGGAAAUUUUCUUCCAUUUUUGUAGUUCCUAACCUUCGUACCUACCUACCCUAAAUGACGUAUAGAUUAAUUGUCCAAAACGUGGCACGCGCAGUGACGACAGCGCGUGCGCGUCGUUAAGCGUGCGCGCGUAAGACGUGGAAAUAAUUACCGCGAGCAGCAAUACUGUGCGCUCGCCGGAAAAUUGCGCUUUUACCUAACAGGGCUGGCAGGGGAGCAUACUAUCAAACGCCGAACAAGUUAAAGAAAAAAUGUGUUUUUUUAUUGAAAUACACAUGAUGUACCCAAGACAAGA